AUGAAGAAAGAAGUUAGUGAAAAAUUAAGUAACAUCAAGAGAGAAGAAGUGGGGGAGCCUUUCGAUAAGAAAGAUGACUCCUUCAUCCACAUUAAAAGGGUUCGUACUUACCUGAGGAGCGGAAGUGAAGAUUCCAGUGACGAUCCGGGAAACCAAGACGACCUGAAACAUAAAAACAAGAAAUUAAAAUUAAAUAAAGAAAAUAAAGAAGAUACUUACCAAGGGAGUGAAAAUGAAGAAGAGGACUUCAGCGAAGAUCCAAAAAACGAGGAUGACUAUAAAAAAUGGAAAAGAUUGAAAGAUUACUACAAGGAUUCCAGUGACGAAUCGGAAGACGAAAAAGAAGAAUAUAAUAGAUGGAAGAGGAGAAAAAAGCAAGUAAUGGAGAUAAUAAGGAGAAAUAAUACCUACCGAGCUGAAAAUUGCCGAGGAGAAGGAGCGGUGGAACAAGAAAACUCGAAGCCAACGAAUGUUACGAAUUCCGUGACAAAAGUCAAAUCGCUAUUGGCAGAGAGGUUUCACUUAGCAUCCUGCAGUCAAUUGACUGAUUCUGAAACAGAAAACGAAGAGGAGGAUAAUAAUUCGGAAAACAAAGACACCGAAGAUAAAAAUGACCAACAAGAGUCACCAGAUGAAAUUAUGUUAAGUGAAAGCAGUAUGAGUGAGGAAGAAGAGCGAGAAAUCGCAAAUUGUUUCAAUCAAAUACAAGAGAUAAUAAAUAGAAGAUUCAAUGGUAACAAUGUCAAUAACGACAACCAACAACGCGAAAAUGCGAAUGAAAAUCCAGAGGACAACAAUUCAUCCGAUGGACAUAGUCAAAAUGGUGAAAAUCAGCCAGAAGAAAAUAACAACUUAGAUAGCGAAGGAGAAAGAACGAUACAUUCGUCAAGAGGAUCAACAAGAUCAUUUAAUAGCACAUUAGAAGAAGAAUUAUUUAUGGAUAUUCAAGAUCCAAGCAAAUUUGUAUUUUCCGAACAGGAAAGAUUAAAUAUAAUGAGUUACAAUGAAAAAUUUAGAAGCAAUCCAGGACAUUGGAUGCGCGAGCCAAUCAACGGCGAGUUAGAAAUCGCAACGAGCGACAGAUGUGAGGUAGCCUUAACGCGUGUGCGCAACACACUGCGUGGCGAGCGCCAUAACGGUAGAUUCGAUCGAGCAGCCGUAGUGAACGGACACUCGAUAGCUCAAGUAAGCAGAGCAAUAGUGAAACGUAAUAAAGUUCGUGAGUUAAAUAGUGAAAUGGAUCUAGACAAAACGGAUCGAUAUAAAAUAGACAAGGAGAGAAAGAGAUUAGACAGAUGGGAGGAAAAUUUACAGAAGAAAGUGGAAGGUUAUACCAAGCAGAAACGAAUGCUUGACGUGAGACGAAAUAGGUUAAAAGCCAUGGACGACUUCGAGAGAGAGCUGUCAGCGGUGGAAAGCGACGACAAGGAGUACGAUCGUGACGAAAUCGCGGCUCAGAGAAGAUCGCUCAACAUAAUCAAACGAUGCGAGGAAGCACGUGGCAGAAACGUCUUUGACGUAGGUAAAUAUCGAGUAGAAGACAGCGAAGGAAACGCAGUGGCCGAUAUAAAGGCGAUAUACGUCGUGAGAGAUCUCAGACAUCAAAGCGACGAAAGAUCAUUCUCUUACGAGAUCAAAACAACGAUAGUGCGAGGCACAACGGAGACGACCAUAAGGGCACGCGAAAGUAAACAAAUAAAAUACAAGCCGAUUGAGGAGGCGAAAACUACGAAGCAAUCGAGUGAGACAUCGACGAUACAGAAAACGAUGUUCUUACCACAGCAACCAAUGAUACAGCAGCAUACGCAACAACAACAAGAACUACCGCAAUUGAUAGUCCUACCAACGGGAGAGAUGGGGUCAUUACGAAGAAUACUACCGAGACCACCGUCGAUGCAACAAACAAUCACUUAUCAACAAACCGGAGGUACGGAGAAACGAAAAAGAGGCGGAGAUCCGAAAGGAAAAAACAGCGCAAAGAAGCCCAGCAAACCAACGGUCAAGUCUUCGAUUCAAAUCAAACCACCGACAAAGAAGCAAAAGACGAGAAAAUCAGCGGAAGAGGCGAAGAUGAAAAUAAAGCAAAGUUCCAAGGAAGAAGACGAACACUCGAGCGAAUCGGACAACGGUGAACACCUGAAGCUACCAACCAGGAUCGCCGAACUUAAGAAAUCCAUUCUGAGUAAAAUACUCAUCAAGGAUUUGCCGAGGAGUAUGGGAUCGGAUGCUAGAUCAUCUCACCCAUCGUCGAACCUGGAACAAGUCAGCGGUGAAGCCUGCCGACCGACCGACCAACCAGAGGCGCGAGGCAUGGAGGACAUAGCCGCGGAGACGACAACCGAUAUAUUGAACAAGGAGACGGACGAGCUUGACGACUGCAGCUUCGAAAGUUUGGCGUCAACGCAAAUCCUAGAGGCGAUUCCGGAGGCAGUGGCGCAAGCCAUAAUUUCUGAAGGGAUCAUACAGCCCGCUGGACAGAGCGAGGCUAUUCAACCAACCACACAGCCCGCUGGACGUAGCGAGGCUUUCCAGAUGACGACACAGCCCGCUGGACGUAGCGAGGCUUUCCAGACGACCACACAGCCCGCUGGACGAGGCGAGGCUUAUCAGAGACACGCACAGCCCGCUGGACGAAGCGAGGUACCGAGGGACGACGCAGAGUACAAACGACAGGCUGAGAGGGCAGAGAAGGAGACGUCGAUUCCCAGCAGCCAACCGCGUACGCAGGAACUCUAA